AUGGUGUCUUUCAAGUCUCUCCUUGUGGCCGCUGCCACGGUGACUUCGGUCCUCAGUGCUCCCUUCGACUUCGCUGAGCGCGACAAUGGAAACUCGACUGAUGUCCUCGAAAAGCGCCAGGUGACGCCAAACUCACAGGGUUACCACAAUGGAUACUUCUAUUCGUGGUGGUCCGACGGAGGCGGCCAGGUUACCUACACUAUGGGUGAAGGCAGCCGGUACCAGGUUAGCUGGAGAAACACUGGCAACUUUGUUGGUGGCAAGGGCUGGAACCCCGGUAACGGCCGGACCAUCAACUACGGCGGUGCCUUCAACCCGAGCGGCAACGGGUACCUCGCCGUCUACGGCUGGACCCGCAACCCUCUCGUCGAGUACUACGUCAUUGAGUCUUUCGGCACCUACAACCCCAGCAGCGGAGCGCAGUACAAGGGUCAGCACCAGACCGACGGCGGUACCUACAACAUCUACGUCUCCACUCGCUACAACCAGCCCUCUAUCGACGGUACCCGGACCUUCCAGCAGUACUGGUCCGUCCGCACCUCCAAGCGCGUCGGAGGCUCCGUCACCAUGCAGAACCACUUCAACGCCUGGGCCCGCGUUGGCCUGAACCUUGGACAGCACGAUUACCAGAUCGUUGCCACCGAGGGGUACCAGAGCAGCGGUUCUUCCGACAUCUACGUGCAAACCCACUAG